GCACUUACAGUAAAAGUAAGAGUUAAUAUAUUUCGCUACCUUUGUGUCGCUUAGUCGGAAAUGAAAUUUACCAGUCUUUCGUGUAGCAAAUUUGUGGAGAUUCUAUCUGACUUUUUCACGGCAUACAAGUCGCCAUUAUCGCACGGCCGUCUUACGCGGCACUACCUGCGAUUCAGUAGCGUUUUCUGCACAGUUCUGGUUAUGGUGGAUUUUCUUCUGGACGUUUGCGACAUCAGUUUGAAUUAUUUAAAAAAUCCGCUGUGUCUGUCGUCCGACGAGAAACAUUUAAUGCUGUCAGUUCUUUUACUACCAUUUGGAUAUGCCGUAAUGCAAAUCAUCAAGGGCAGAUUUCCGAGAGAACAGUUGCUUAAACAUGCAUACCCGGCAAGCCUUUGCUGGUGGUGUGCACAUGUCCAACGGGGUGUGCGAGAAGUCGAAGUGGCAACGAGAAGCGAUCCAAAUGGAGAACAUUUACUACAGGAAGCACCGGUCGAUGCCAUACUAGCCGCAAAAGAAGCUAACCGUCGACUUCACGAAAUACUGAAACUGGAGAUAUUCGGCGAAGCAAUGCCGCAACUGUUUUUACGGUUAUACUUUAUUAUGCGGCAUACCCUUCGCUCUGGUGAUUUACCUACCUGGCUGACCGCAAUCAAGCUGAUAAUGUCAUCUCUUAGCAUUUGCCUGGAGCUAUACAGCGUUCAAAUCUUAAAAGACGAAUGCUACUGCAUCAGGAAGCUUUGUGAACUAGAUGAUUCUGAUAGCAACUGUGCUUCUCCGGAGGGUCGGCAAAGAGCUCACAAAAUCCUGCUUGAUAAUGAGCUGCGGCCGUAUCGUCACAAUAUCGUCAAGUGCAUCGUAAUUGUGACUUUGUCGUUAAUAUAUUGCCUCAUACAAACCACAAUCUGGGCGCUGGUCUUGAACAGUUCAUCCACAUUGUUUCAUUUGUGUCUGGCGCUGCACGGCGGACUGUUUUGGGCAUUGAAGUUUUACUUCGCGCUGCCAGAGGAGGUCCCAUGGAGCGAGCAUCCGAUGCCGGUGCUGGCAUCGUUGCGCUACAUUUUCAGCCCUUACUGUCCACAGUUACAUGUGGAAAUCGUGAAGGAGAACUCCUCCGUGGCGCGACAGCAUUAUACCUUCCUGUGUUGCUCCGCUGUUGUAUCCGCCGCAAUGCAGUUGUGCGGACUGAUCGUUUUGCCAUCGUCCGACCACGUGUUUCCGCCUGGAUCGUGGAUUAAUAACACUUAUUUCAUUAUCCUCAGUCCACUGGGCACCCUCGUGCUCUUUCUUGGAAUUGCCGAGCUGUACGUGCAAGUAGAGUUCAGAUUUCGCCCACCAGAGACAACUCAAGUCGCUGCGAAUCCCGAAUCCGAAAACUUGAGUACCAAGCCGUCAACGAGUGGAGACAUUUCCGAAACAGAUCUAGCGGCCCCUGGCAAUUCGGGAAAUCUACAACGCCAAGCUUUCAACGGCGAAGCCGCACCACCAGCAGUGGAUAUCGAGAUGGGCAUCUGCACCGACAGCAGCGAUGGUUCUAACCAAUCAUGGGAGCAGUAUAAGGAGCCUACAGUCGAACAAACGGAAGGGUAUAAUUCCGAUGACGAAAGCCAUGAAGGUUCAUCCAAUGGUGAACCUGAGAAGGCACAACCACUUCGAGAAGCAGACAGAGAUUUAAGCGGAACCGCAGCACAACCUCCUAACAUUCCCAUUGAACAUGGUCCACAAGGCCUUGCUGAAAGUCUCCGCAAACGUCAUCUCAUUGGCCGCCAAACCAGCACUUCAUAAUAAAGUGUAAAUGUAUUGUGCUUUAGUGAGUCAGUCGACAUCCGAAAAAACUUACGCCAUCGCGCUGUCGUGACAUUUACGGUAGUUGGCGCCCGCUUUAUCAACGCUCAAUCCUACUGCAUCAUAAUUAUUUACAAAGGUUGGCACAGAUCACUUGCAUCUCAUAGUGACCAGUUCAGCUAGGAAAGAGGCUGCGUUACUUCAUCAGUAUUUGUAGGGUUGAAGUUGUUGAACGUUUUACGUAAUGAUAAAUUACAGCUUGCUGAAUGGUAGCGAAAUCCUGACAAAGAAUACUGUACCAUGUAUACUUGUACACACAUCGCGCCUUAUCGUCGUACAAAUGUGUUUUUUAAUUCUCUAAGUGAUGCGCUGAGUGUGGUAGGUGUCAAUUCGUUUGAUCAUUUUUAAUGCUUUGCAGUCCCGCGUAGAUCGUACUACUGUAUCGCGUUCGACUAUGCCUGUACAGGUACAUCACUGAAUACGACAGAACCAGGUUUCUAUGGGUCAAGUGUGCUUCGAUAAUGUUAACCGCUCCAUAAUUUCAGUAAAACCAAAAUGUGCUUGUCUGAUUCUAAUGUGCUUGUCGAGUUUUUGUUGUUUCUGUCGUAAUGCAAAAUGUGC